AUGGUUAACAUCAUUCGCCUCAAACGUUCCAGUGUCAAUAAAGAUCUGGGUCCCCCCAAGCCCUCACAAAUUGCUUCACCGCCUCCAAGGAUAAAAUCUACAUCUUCGUUGGUAUUUUGGAUCAUUGAAUCAUCAGGUGAAACUAUGCUGAUCAUUUCUGGCUUGCUCUCUUCUUCCCCUGCAUCGGUCUCUCAUAAUCUUCAAUAUUUACAACGGAUAUGCCAUUUUGCUUUGGAAACUCGAAAAAAGCGAAAUGAAUUUCUGGCGAAAAGACGGAAGAAUAAAAGAGAGACCGCUUGCGCUGAAACAGUGACGAAUGAGCCUCCACCAUCAGGCAUCAAUAUCAUCAAAGAACGCGUGAAACCCAUUGAUCUGUUCCCCAAUAUCACUGCCGAGCUUCUUGAACGGGUUAAGGCUUACAAGGAACAGCUCGAUGCUCACAAAGCUGAUCCAAAGCACGUGCGGAAACCUCGUACCCGAAAGAUAAUCCCUCGGAAUCCCACUCACGCCGAAAACGCUGCCGCAUUGGAUUACGUUCAGAAGAAUUUCAAGCAAAUCAAACACGGUUAUACAAAAAUUUACGAUGAAUCCACCAAUCAGAUCAUAGCCAUGGUGCAUUACUUGCCCAUUGAUUCAAUGCCAGCUGGACAGUUUGAUGAUCUCAACUUUCUUACGCUCUUCCUUCAUCGAUGCAAAGAAUUUAUUUAUCCGGUCGCUUCAAAAACUCGAAAAUGUGGUGGGAUUAUGUGGGCGAUUGGUUGGCGCAAGGCUUACGAUGGUCUUGAAAUUCUUGGUCGCUAUCGCAACAAGCAAGCUAUCAAGAAAAAUCCAUCACGUUACGAAGCGCUUAUGGAGGAUUCAUCCAAAGCCGGUCGAAUCCUUUGGAACUUCUUUCACGGGUUUGGGAACGUGGCGGUUGAAAAAAACAAGGCGUACAUGGAUCAGUUCGGAAUCCCCUCCUUUGCCGAUAAGAACUUUCCAAAAUCUCCCGAGGAUCAGUCCCCCUUCGGUUUUGCGUCCAACCUUGCGUAUUCAUCAAACGGAUUUUACAAUCACCAACACAAGGACGACGGUGAUGAUUCCGAAUUGCCUCUUGCGUUUGCUAUGGUACUUCCAACUUCCAAAAAAACCGGAGAGUUUGCUCCAAAGGGGUAUAACGUCCAAAAUGGUCAAUUUAUAUUCCGCGAUAUCCGUGUGGCUUUAAACUUCAAUCCCCAAACGGUUUGUCUGAUCAUCUUUCGAGCCCAAGAGUAUGUACAUGGUACUUUAAAACCAUCAGAAACCAAGCAUUUCACUAAACUUGGUUUGUCUCUACAAGUAGCCACGAAGGCUAGCAAUGCUUGUAAAAAAUAUCAGAAUGGUGAAUAUGCUGAAAGAGAUGAUGUUUACUUUGGCGGUGUGCAUCACCAUUUAGAUAAAUUGAUUAAAUGA